GGAGCUUAUUAAGUUCCCCUGGAAGUGGCGGUUUGUUUCAAUAUGGCGGCGGUUGCUGCUGGAGAAACAGAUGCUUCUGGGAUUUAUUGGAUUAACGACACUUCAGAAGACGAGCAGUCCAUAGUGUUUGUUCCAGGCAUGAGCCAAAAGAUGGGACUGAAGUCUGUAUGUAUAUCCAGUAAUGAAAGAAAAACCAAAGGGAAACCUUUCUCAGAUAUCAAAGGGAGGACUGGGAAAAAGCAGAGCCGAAUAACCGAUUUACCUGUGGCGAAGGCGUCUUUACAGAAGAUCUCAGAACUCUCAUCCAAAACCAAAACUCCACCUCAGGUGUCAGAUACAUCGCAGGUUCAGGACAUCUCUUAUAGGCUGCACGUCAAAAGCAAAGCUUCAUUGAAGGACCUUUGUCCAGAAGACAAACGUCGCAUUGCUAACCUGAUUGAAGAGCUGGCAAAAGUAAGUGAAGAGAAAGAGGAGUCUGUGCAGCGGCUCAAAGACGAACACGAGACGUUUGAGAAACAGAUCCAACAGCUUGAACAGCAGAAUCGUCUCAUCGUACAGGAGAGAGAAAGCUUGCAGCAGCAGUACAAGGAGUGUCAGGAGCUGCUGGGACUCUAUCAGCAAUACCUUUCCCAACAGCAAGAGAAACUCAACCAGUCCAUCUCUCAGCUGAAUCACUCACGCUCCCACUGCAAGAUAUCCAGCAGUGAGAGAACAUUAAGCAGAACCCAUUGUGGGCACACGAGAGGUGUUGCUCUCAAUGGAUCUUACUUGGAUCCCCCUAAUUUGGGGCGAACAGGGUCAGCAGGUUGUGCUCACUCAUUUUUCGCUGGCGCCUGUUCCGGGCCAUCUUCCAUGCCCUCAUGUUGUGUCGAGCAUGACGGAGGAAGCCAUGAGGAAGACUCAGCAGGUGUCCACAAGUGUUCUGAGGGUGACUGGAGUGAGCCAGUACAUGGUAUACGCUCUAAAAAGGAUCAGGUGGCCGACGGUGCCACCAAGCCGAGCGACUUAAGUCACGGAUUGCGACUGAAAAAUGGAACCGGGUGCUGCGCGGAGCACAGAGAGACGGUGUCGUUCAUUGGCAGGGAGGACUGGGAGGAGAAGCGCCAACGUUUGCUGGUUCAAAAGAAGCAGCUUGAGAUGGAGAGAGAGAGGCUGCAGACUCGCCUUGCGGAACAAGAAGAGAGGUUGCUGAAACAGAACCAGGAGCUCAGACAAUCUCGGUUCAACCACAGCAAGUUCCAGCACGAAUUAGAGCAGUCCUUUAAUGAAAUCGGAUUUAAUGGUGCACCUCAACCCAGUGUUGCUGCAGAUCUACACAGUGAAAGAAAAGAGGGAGGUCUUCAGGCCUUGAAGGAAAGUGUCAGACAGCCUUUAAAUGAAGUUCAACCACAGGAGCACAACGUUCAACAAGCUGAACCCAGACUUUCAAACAUUGCCAAGAAGGAUAUGGCCACCUCGCCUUUGCCUUCCCAGAAGAUCCAAAAGUCUUUACAACAGUCGAUGCCCGUCAGCCAUCCCAGAACCCCAGAGUCAUCAAAGUUGGAUUCUUCUCUGAUUGAGCUCUUGGAUAUUUUUAGUCCGAUUAGUAACACGGAGAGAAGCAGAGUCAGCUCAUGUCCACACAGGAGUCUCUCUGGCCCUCGUCAACCUCUCCGCGCCGUCCGUACCUUUCACAGCUCUGUGCUUUCUCCCCGAGGACAAACGCAGCCCUCACAGGAAGACUUGCAGGAGAGUCAGAUUCUGGAGGACAUCUUCUUUAUUUGCUAAAAAAAAAAAUCAUCUUCACCAGAACCUUAAUGAGAGCACAAUACACUUCCUAAAAAUGUACAUGGAGCUUAAUUGCGAUCAUAAAACAACUGCAUAUUAUUUCACUUCUAAUUUCAUUACUAGAUUUCUAAUUAUUUGUUUGAUUGUCGGUCUCAAAUUGCUUUACAACGCCUUUGUGUUACCGCCUUAAUUGUAAACAUGUGCCAAAGCAAUUAUGGGUUUUAUUAUUUGUAAGA